UGGCUGCCUGUUAAGUCUAUUCAAAGUCGCUAACAAACAUGCCUUGAUGUUUGUAUUUUAAAGAUCCACUUGACGAACUUGUUCCCUUUAUUUCCACGAAGAAUACUCCAUUUUAUCUCGCAUUUACUGCGAGCCAAGUGAAGAAACAUGACGUCCAUUAUCAAGCUGACUGCCGUGUCGGGGGUCCAGGAGGAGUCCGCCCUGUGUUACCUGCUGCAGGUGGAUGAGUUCCGUUUCCUCUUGGACUGUGGAUGGGACGAGAACUUCUCCAUGGACAUCAUUGAUGCCAUGAAGAGAUACGUUCAUCAGGUUGACGCGGUGCUGCUCUCCCACCCUGACCCAAUUCACCUGGGAGCGCUACCCUAUGCUGUGGGCAAACUGGGUCUAAACUGCACCAUCUAUGCCACCAUCCCUGUCUACAAAAUGGGUCAGAUGUUCAUGUAUGAUUUAUAUCAGUCCCGAAACAACAGUGAAGAUUUCACACUUUUCACCCUCGAUGACGUGGACAGCGCUUUUGAUAAAAUCCAGCAGUUGAAAUACUCUCAAAUUGUAAAUCUGAAAGGGAAGGGACACGGCCUUUCGAUCACUCCUCUUCCGGCUGGACACAUGAUCGGAGGGACCGUUUGGAAAAUUGUCAAGGAUGGGGAGGAGGAAAUCGUGUACGCUGUGGACUUCAACCACAAGAGAGAAAUCCAAUGUAAUGGAGACCCUGCGUGGUGAUGGCAAUGUCCUCAUUGCCGUGGACACGGCUGGGCGAGUACUAGAGCUGGCUCAACUCCUGGACCAAAUCUGGAGGACGAAGGAUGCCGGGCUGGGAGUUUAUCCGCUAGCUCUGCUCAACAAUGUCAGCUACAAUGUGGUGGAAUUCUCCAAGUCUCAGGUGGAGUGGAUGAGCGACAAACUCAUGAGGUGUUUUGAGGACAAAAGGAACAACCCCUUCCAGUUCAGACACUUGACCCUGUGCCACAGUUUGACAGACCUGGUCCGGGUCCCCAACCCCAAGGUGGUGCUUUGCAGCCAGCCGGACCUGGAGUCUGGCUUUUCCAGGGAGUUAUUCAUCCAGCUGUGUGAAAACGCCAAACACUCCAUCAUCCUAACCUACCGCACCACACCUGGAACCUUGGCUCGCUACCUCAUCGACAAUCCUGGAGAAAAGCUGUUGGAUCUGGAGGUGAGGAAACGAGUGAAGCUGGAAGGCAAGGAGCUGGAAGAAUAUCUUGAAAAGGAGAAAAUGAAGAAAGAAGCAGCUAAAAAGCUUGAACAAGAACAAGAGGUGGACGUGGACUCGAGCGAUGAGAGCGACACGGACGACGACCUGGAUCAGCCGGCUGCCGCGAAAAACAAGCACCACGACCUGAUGAUGAAGAGCGAGGGCAGUCGCAAAGGCAGCUUCUUCAAACAAGCGAAGAAGGCCUACCCGAUGUUCCCGGUGCACGAGGAGAGAGUCAAAUGGGACGAGUACGGUGAAAUCAUCAGGGUGGAAGAUUUUCUGAUUCCUGAACUGCAAGCCACAGAAGAGGAGAAGAACAAACUGGAAUCUGGCCUGACGAACGGAGACGAGCCCAUGGACCAGGAUCUGUCUGUCGUCCCCACCAAAUGCAUCUCCAGUGUAGAAAACCUGGAAAUAAAAGCCAGGAUCACAUACAUAGACUACGAAGGUCGCUCUGAUGGAGACUCCAUAAAGAAGAUCAUUAACCAGAUGAAACCCAGGCAGCUCGUCAUUGUAAACGGGUCACCAGAAGCCAGUCAGGACCUGGCUGAGUCCUGCAGGGCUUUCAGCAAGGACAUCAAAGUCUACACACCCAAACUGCAGGAAACCGUGGACGCCACCAGUGAGACACACAUUUACCAGGUGCGUUUGAAAGACUCGUUGGUGAGCUCGCUGCAGUUCUGCAAGGCCAAAGACACGGAGCUGGCGUGGAUCGACGGUGUGCUGGACAUGCGGGUGGCGAAGGUGGACACAGGCGUGAUGCUGGAAGAGGGUGUGAAAGAGGACGUGGAGGACGGCGAGGCGCCCAUGGAUGUCGCCCCCGAGCUUGGCAUCAGCCACAGCGCCACGGCCGUGGCAGCUCAGCGCGCCAUGAAGAACCUGUUCGGAGAGGAUGAGAAGGAGCUCUCCGAGGAGAGUGAUGUCAUUCCCACGCUGGAGCCGCUGCCUACAAGCGAGGUUUCAGGGCAUCAGUCCGUGUUCAUCAACGAGCCUCGGUUGUCUGACUUCAAGCAGGUCCUGCUGAGGGAGGGCAUCCAGGCUGAAUUUGUUGGAGGAGUUCUGGUCUGCAACAACUUGGUGGCCGUUCGAAGGACGGAGCCCGGACGCAUCGGCCUAGAAGGCUGCCUGUGUGACGACUACUAUAGGAUCCGGGAGCUGCUGUAUCAGCAGUACGCAGUUGUGUAGAAGCAGCAGCAGCAGCAGGCUCCAUCGAUGCAGAGCACUCCGAGGCAUUUCAGAGACUUUACAAAGACUUGAUCAGAGAAAAACCCUCGUAGUUCUGCCUCACAAACUGCUCUGUCUGUUCUACUUCUAACCCUCGUGUACAGUUUUCCUUUUUAUAAAGGUUUUUUUGUCCAAAUAGCAUUUUUAUUGUUUAAAAAGUGUCAAAAAGUAAAAGGCAGAUAGUUGCCCUCUGUGUGAACAACUGAUAUUUACAUAUUUCUACCAAUCCACCUGAUCUAAAGCUUUUUUGGCUCAUAAGUCAGUAAAACUUUUUUGUUUACAUA